UAACACUAACCUUCCCCCGCUAUAAAUAAUUCCACACAGCUGUUUACUACGCGUUCAUGUUUUCGUUGAAAUCAUUAUUUUCUCGAUAACACCACCACCAGAGCUUCUUAUCACAGUCGGCUGUUGGAAAAUAAUAAAUCUCGAACAAUUUAAAUCGCGAUGCCGAUGAGGUAUUAUAACUCUAUCUACAAUCAUAAGUCGAGUAUCAGUAGGAACUCUAUCAAGAAGUAUAGAAAAAAAAACGGAUUCGGACUGUUGCCAAGUGUAAACAAACGGGUUACUACUCGUGUGAAUAUUGGAGGAGAUGGCGAAAGAACUGCCGAUGACGAAGACACUUGCAGUGGUCGUGCGAAAAGCGGAUAUUCAGUUUUGGACAUAUUGUCGAGCUCGUCAUUCCGAUUUGUCAUGUGCGCCAUCAUCGUGUUCGCCGUACUCCUGUACAAGACUUUUUUCACAGAUUCGUUCUACUCAAUAUACCACCGCGUAGAACCCUCCACGGCGAUUACCACUCGGAGUUCUCGGAACGCAUCCGAAGUGAUGCUAGGCGACGACGACGACGGAGAAAAGACGCCGUCCGUUGAAGUGAUCGAAAUCUCGCCCAACUGCGGUCUUCAGACUAUAUGCCCGGACAACACUUUUCCGGUGCACGUGUACACCGGAAGGAACACGACGGAUUUCCCGAAGCUGUGCGUUAUGGGAAAAUACAUUGUGGCGUACAACAGGAGUGUGGCCGGACGAGGCAUCAACGUCGUGCUCGUCGAACCGUCGACUUACACCGUGGCGGCUUUGAAAAACUUUGACACGUAUGAACGCAGCAGCUCGGAAAUGGACGUGUGGUUGGAGGCGGCGAGGUCGUCCAUGAAAAGCGGUCACGUGGCAAUUUUCUUUACUUUUGACGAAGCGUCCAAGAAACUGACAAAGAACUCGAGGAACGCGCUCUAUGAAAUGGGAAGCGGACGGAUCCAAGAUCUCAGAUACAGGUGUCAGUGGUACAUGGUCACGCAAAAAGGUAUUCGAGGGAUAACGCCUUACGAGAAAAUCACGUAUUCUCACAAAAACGUGUGGGCGGAACCGUUAGACGACAGAUUUUGUGUACCCUUUAAAAUCGAAGGAAACGCAAUCGUUGUCGACGAACCGACCGACUACAGAUCAUCGUAUCAAUUUUGCAACAAGCCGACCUCGGGAUCGAAGACAACAGCUGUGGACGAUCAAUACGGCGGCGGCGACUGUGACGAAUCAAAUGAUGACGACAGACAAACGACUGACAGCGUCGCCGGAACAAGAGAUGGUUUUAACUAUUAUUAUUAAUGCGGAGAAGUUCUCUUCAACACCUUCCCACCAA